AUGUCGGAACGGCCUCAAGGCAACCUCCUCCCGCUCAUUCGCGCGGGCCAUGUCGUCUCCAUCUGGCACGACAUCGUCCUCUUCUCCCCUGCUCCCGCUGCCGCCAGUCAACGCUCGUCCCGCAGCAAGCCACCCGCGCCGCUCAACUUCAUCUGCACCGACACCACUGGCGACCCCUUCGCCGAGCCCGACGCCGCGUUUCCCGUGAUUCUGGACAACGCGCCUUUGGAAGCGGUGGAGGUGGGCGCAAGGGAGCGCGACCCGGGCGACGUGUUCCCCGUGCUGCCGCUCCUCGCGCUGCCCGUGCGCCUGCGCCCGGGCCUGAAGUCGGAAGUUUCGUGGAAGCUGGUAGUGGUAGCGGAGGACGAUCCGCAAGUCGAGGCGGGGGAGAUGGCGGCCGUCGCGACGACGGCGCUGCCGCAAGUGAAGGCGUGGGCCGACGCGGGAGGGUUCACUACAGUCGGGCCGAACCCGUGGCGGAUCCUCGAAUCCCCGCAGCGCAGCGUCGCGGACGAUUGGGAGAAAUCUGCGCGGAAAGCGCAGCGCGUGGUGCGCGAGGCGCACGACGUGUGGAGGCUGCUCGUCGCGACGCUGCGACGGCCCUCGCUGCAGCGGGGGCACCGCGUGAGCGAGCGCGCCGUGGAGGGAUGGAAGGCGCACGACGGGUUGGACGCGGGCGGGAAGGCCGACAGCAGCAGCAGCAGCAGCAGCAGCAGCAGCAGCAGCCGAAGCCACGAGAACAGCAGCCUACUUCAGCUACUUGCGCAACCCGCCAGUAGCAGCGGGAUUUUCGGUGGAGAGGCGAACGGCGGGAGCUGCAGGAGUGGCGGUGGGAGUAUCGCCGGCGCGGAGCGCGCGUCGGGGGGAAAGGCGGGGAGUGAGCGGGGCGUGCUGUCCGCCGCCGCCAAGGCGGCAGCGGCGGCCGUGGGGGCGACUCGUGGGCUUGCACGACACAAGGAGGCGCGGGCGCGGGGAAGGGGCGAUGAUGAUCCGGUCGAGGAGGAUGUCAGAGACGACCGUUCCGAUUCCACGGAGGGCGAUUCCGCCCAAGAUGAGUUUGCCGCCCAAGAUGAGUUUGCCGCCCAAGAUGAUAAUCCCGCCGAAGAUGAAUAUGCAGGGCAAGUUGACUACACAGGGCAAGAUGAUUACUACGUUACGCUCGCGGGCGACGAGGAGGAGGACGAGGGGGAGGAGGAGGGGGGCAGGGAACCCGAAGGGACGAUGCAGUUUGAACGAGCAGGGAGUGAGGGCAGCAGCGAUAGCAGCAGCAGCGGUCGCGGCAGGCACAGGCCCGUGCCCCAUCACCAAAGUUCGCUCGUGAGAGCAGCCGCUUCGCCGAAAGCCUUGCCGGUGAUGGGCGCUGCUCCACGUGCACUUGUUCGGGGUGCCACCUCCUCCACACCCAAGUCCACCACACCCAACUCCACCACUUCCACUCCGAGCAGAUUCAUCCGGCCAGCGUGGGCCAGGCUGGACUCCAUGUUUCACAGCGCGCCCCUGAUAGUGCGGCGCAGCCGGUCGGGGCUGGAGGGGGGUGGCAGUGAGCAGCACAUCACUGUGAGAACCCGCAGCCUUGGCUCACAGGGCGGGGCGGCUGGUAGUGGUCGCAGUAGGGAUGGCGGCUCCCCUCCGUCUCCCAACAGCGAUGCUACUGUUCUUGUCGGGUGCUACGGAGUGCUGAUGGGGCAUCGGCCGGACAGGUCCGUGGUGCAAAGGGAGGGGUUGGGGGAGGAGGACGUUAGAGAGCGGCAAGAGGCAGGGCAUGGGAACAGGUGGUCCUUCACUCCUUCUCUGGUUCGGUCACGCACCGACCCUGAAAGGUUCGGAGCAGGCCAGAGGAGGUACAGCCUGGACUCAGGCAGCAAGGGCAAGGGGUACGGGCGUGCAUCAAGCAGCGGGGGGUAUGACCAGGCCCGGAGGGGGUUGUCCCCUGGUGGGCGCUCUUACAGUUCCGCAGGCCCCGCCUCUCCUCACCAACACACACCUGCGCUCACUCGCCGACGGAGUGCCGCAGCUGCCCACCGCAUCUCCCUCAAGCACCUGUGGAGCCACAGCGGGCAGGAUGCGUUGUCCUCACCCAGUGGUGCAGAGGGCAGAAGGAGCAGCUCCCAGGGCAGCCAGAGCUCUCGUAGUGCGCAUGCUGGGGUUGACACGGACGCAGGCCAAGGGGGUGUGGCGGGAGAAAUGCAGUGGCAGCACCAGGACCAUGCCAUGCACCCUCGUGCUUCCUUCACUUCCCACGCUUCCCAUGCUUCCCAUGCUGCACCCAUUUCCCAUGCUUCCCAUGCUCCCCACACUUCACCUGCUCCCCAUGUUUACCAUGCCUCCCACUCUCCCCACUCUCUCCACUCUUCCCAUACCUCCCAUGCUCCUCACUCUCCCCACGCUUCCCAGUCUCUCCACACCGCCCACUCUCCCCACGCUUCCCAGUCUCUUCACAUUGCCCACUCUCCCCACGCUGCCCACACUUCCCGUACCAUUUUCCAUGUUUCCCACGCAUCACUUUGUGAAAGGAAGAACGAGGAUGUUUGA